AUGGAUGUUAAGAUUGUUUUUUUGAAUGGUGAGUUAGAAGAUGAUAUUUACAUGGAUCAACCUGAAGGUUUUGUGAUCCCCAGCCAGGAACAUAAGGGAAUUUCUCUAGAUCAAUCUCAUUACAUUGCGAAGAUUCUAAAGAAAUGCAAUUACUUUGAUUGUAUGUCUACUUGCAUACCAUAUGAUCCAAGUAUAAAAUUAUUUAAGAACACUGGUGACGGUGUUAGACAAUCUGAGCAUGCGAGCAUCAUUGGCAGCCUUCGGUAUGUCAUUGAUUGUACUAAACCUGACAUUGCCUAUGCUGUGGGAUUACUAUGCAUGUUGAAUAGUAGACCUAGUAUAGAGCAUUGGCAUGCUAUUGAAAGGGUCAUGAGAUACCUUAAAAGAACCAUGAACCUUGGAUUACAUUACCAAAAGUUUCUAGCUGUCCUUGAAGGAUACAGUGAUGCAGAUUGGAACACUCUGUCAGAUGACUCCAAAGCAACAAGUGGCUAUAUUUUUAGUAUAGGUGGUGGAGCUCUUUCAUGGAAAUCAAAGAAACAAACUAUUUUAGCUCAAUCAACCAUGGAGUCUGCAAUGAUAGAACUAGUUACUGCUAAAGAAGUAGGUUGGUUGAGAAGCCUACUAGUUGAAAUCAAUUUAUGGGAAAGACCGAUACCAGCUGUGUUGAUUCACUGCAAUAGUGUCGCGACUAUCACAAAAAUUUAG